CGUAGCUGGUCUAGAUAAUGCGUGCAAUUCAAUCUGUCGUGUCUCAAAGGUUUCAAGUCUUCUUCUUGGAUUGCCUGAAUCGUAAUCCGAAUCUUGCCGGUGUCAGGAUUAGUUUCUGCUGGCUAUCUAUCUGAGACAGACUAGGCCCUGUUCAUUACUUCUGACGGUCGGUGACCAUCGAGACUCCCGGAUUUCACCCGUAAAUUCCGAGGAAGCGUUGGAGUGAUUAGUCUGAAAGAACAUCUCGAGCCAUGCUCCCGGAUUCUGUGAUCCAAAUGCGUCGACAAGAUUCUGAAGUGACGCGGACGUUGAUGACUCAAAUGCUUGACUGACAAAUCGGAAAUGACCGAAGUCGGUUUUUGAUCCGUGAUCACCCUUCCUUCUGCUUCGUCUUCUCUACUUCCUCCCUUACAGCCGGAAACUGGCGCAGAACAUGCGGGCCGCUUAGCCCAUGCACACAAGCACAAUGCAGGGUGGAGGGGGUUACUGUGGCUACACUUAUGUGUAACGAGGUAAUUGUAAGCCACGGCAGAGGAAUGAGUCAGCUUCGUGCCAUGAAGGGAACCAUUGGAAGUCAUCUAUGGGUCCGCAGCGCACUGUGAUUGGUGGAAGCUGCCGUGAAUCCGUCCCUCGGGGCUUUCCGUAGGCCCAGGGUCGUCCGAAUCAUCGCCGCCGGGCGGCCCGAAGUUGCUGACUUGCACCUCGUUUCGUCCCUUGCCAAAAUGAUUCUACCACAUUCUCGUGAUGGGGAUAGACGCACGACCUUUAUAUAAGGAGCUCGUUGACAUCUGAGGUCCGGAUUUCGUUUCCCCCACUCUCCACAACAUCGAAACGACCACCAAUAUCAUCAAUCCUGAGUACUAGUACGGGCCCGGAAAUGACUCGCAACCUCAAUGUGUUUCCGGCAUCCCCAUCACGGUCCGUGCGGCAUAAUCUUCCCAGGGGCAAAGCGUGCAUGAGCUGUCGGCGGAGGAAAAUCAAGUGCGAUGGUCGGAAACCCGCAUGUGGGCAGUGCACGCGCUCGUCCGCCUCGGGGAUAGUCUUCGAUGAGUGCGAGUAUCCGCUCGAGGGACGCAGCCGAACGCAGCAGCUGGAGGAGACGGUGAAGAAAUUGCAGAGCCGGAUCGGGGAGCUGGAGCUCGCGGCGGGCGGUGGAACCGGUGGCGUGACUCUGCAUGAGCCGUAUGGGGGUGAGGAUGUCGUUCUUGCGUCGCCAGGUGCCAUAGAAAACGGUGCUGGGACGUGGCAGUGGAGUAUGCCCGCUUCUCCCCGGUCGACGUCGCGUAAGUCAUGUGUGCAGACGACCGGUCAGCGCACUCAUUAUAGCUCUCAUUCAGCGCCAAGUCGUUUGGCAUCGCCCUCAUCUAGCUCUUCUAGUCUCCUUUUUGAGGUGCGUGGGACCGUUGUGACGAGAUUAGCCCUGCCUCACCGGAUUUGGCAGGAUCCGCCCGCCGAUGUCAGCGAACGAUUGGUCGACUCCUUCCUGACACACUUCGUACAAGUCGGAUUCUUCCUGGACCGGGCCGCGUUCCGACACUCUGCCCUCCUCAAUGUCUCGCCCGGUCAUCCUCAGCGUCCGUCGCCUGCACUUCUCAGUACCGUCUACCUCUGGGGGGCGCGUCUCUCACGAAUCUGCGGCGGCGAGACUCACGCAGCGCAUCACGAAGACAGAUUUCUGCGCUGCGCACUGCAGAACAUGCACCAUGACCUCGCGGGGCAGCAUCCACGUCGCGUGAUAUAUGCCAUCCAAGCUGAGGUCUUGCUAUCCCUGUAUUAUUUGACGCUCGGGCGUGCCAUGGAAGGGACUUACCACUCGAGUGCGGCUGUGUCGCUGGCGAUGAGCGCCGGACUGCACCGCAUACAAUCGUCGUCGGAGAACAACAAUGCGACGCCGAAUCCUGGCCUCAGGGCGACGCCGCCUCUGCCAGAGCCUGAACGAAUCAAUGCAUUUUGGACGGCGGUGAUAGUUAACAACUAUUGGGUCGUAGCGCACGGGUCUCCGAGCGCGAUUUCCUACACGGACACUCGCGUCGACACACCUUGGCCGCUCGAUCUGGCAGAGUACCAGAGCGGCGCAAUCGACAAUUUCGGGGGCGGGAACACAAUCGGCAAGUUCCUGGGGGGCGUCAGUGUGGACGGAUUUUCGUCGCUCGCAUUGCAUGCCAAAGCGUCGAUACUGCUUGAGCGUGCGGUGUCGUGUGCAGAUAAAACACAGAGCCAGGCCUUCGAUUCCCUCGAUAUCGUCCUGGAGCAGUUCAUGGACGGCCUCCCCCUUGGUAUCCAGCUUUCAUUCGCCCCGGUUCCCAAAAGGUGUCUAGUAGUCAUCCAGACGCUGACACAAGCUGCAAUCAUUCGGCUCCACGCACAUCGCAGACAUACAUCCGAAGCUUCGCGACAGAGGUAUAUUGCUGCCGCACGGGAUGCGGUGCACAUCAUCAAUAACUCCGACUUCUCUGAGUGGCGGAACAUAGAUCCCAUUAUGACGAUUCUGUGGACCACGGUCUGCGAUGUAUUCAUCGGCGAGCUGACUGAAAUGCAAACAUUCACAGCUGUGGGCCGGUUAACGCCGCAGCACCAGGACGUGUGUGUCUAUCUCGACACUGUACUGCGCACAAUGCGCUAUUUCUCGGCUGGCAACCCUCUGCUCGACCAUUCCUUGAACAGGAUAGAGCGAACAUAUCGCAAUCUUGUUGUGUCAUGAUUUUUUGUGCUUUUGUGAAGUAUGGGCUGUAUAAUACUGUAUUGUAUCACGGAUUAAUGCGUGUCGUCUGUGGAAUUCUAGAGAUCGACUUUACUUGCAACAAUAAAAAAAAUCGGACUAGUACGAUUCAGAUUUGCUGGAUGAACAUUUUCCCAGUGUCAGAAAAGUGUGCAGACCUUAACAUGCCCCUGUCGUCAGGCCAAGCGAUCACUCUACUUCACUCUGGUAGAUAAACAUCGUGAGAUGACGGAGGACAGGUGGCAUAUCGAGAGCAGGGCAGUGCUCGGA